AUAAUGGCGUAAAUUAAGAUAAUGAGCCGUUAGGGUUUAAGGGCUUUAGGGUUUUUCCUUUUAUCUUUCCACCUUUUUCUCUGCAAUUUUCCCUUUGUCAAAUUCUAGAGGAAGGCGGCUAGGGUUUUCAAUUUGGGGUUCCCAUAUUUCGUCCAAUAUAUAUUCUACCCACUACUAUCCAUGUUCUGUUUUUACUAAUCUGGAGAUUUAUAUAUAUUAAUCAUCUCUCAAUUAAUUCAAUUAUUCAAUUCUUUGAUUCCCUCUUAUCAAAUCUUCGUUGUAAUUUCCGAAUUCUUUGAUUUUGUCCCCUUUAAUUUAGGAAUUUGGUUGGUUUUAAUUAGUGGGUAUAUAAGAAAGUUUGAAUCUUUAGUUAAUUUUGAUCUGGGUUUGUUGAUAUUGAUUGAUUUUGCAUCUCAAAUUUCAACAGGAUGAGUUUCUCUGAUUCUUUUUCAUCGUUUGCCCCUUUCUCUAAUGGGGUAGAUUCAAUGGGGGGAUUUUGGCCUCAAUUUCCUGCUUCAAACGAACAACCUGAGGUAAAUUCAGAAUUUGAUCAUGAUCAUCCGCCAUUGAAAAGGGUUAAGAACUCUUCUGAUAACCUAUCCAACAACAACCAUACUCAUAGAACACCACCCCAGAUGAACCCCACUGUCAAUCAGCCAACCGGAAAAAUCUUCUUUAAAACCAGGUUGUGUGCAAAGUUUAGGAUGGGUCAAUGUCGAAACGGCGAGAACUGUAACUUUGCUCAUGGGGAAGAAGACUUGAGGAAGCCUCCUCCUAAUUGGCAAGAACUCGUGGGCGGGCGAACCGAGGAUAGAGGGAAUGGUGGGAGUGAAAACUGGGAGGAUGACGAUAGGAUCAUUCAUAAGAUGAAGCUUUGCAAGAAAUUUUACAAUGGGGAAGAAUGCCCUUAUGGGGAGAGGUGUAAUUUUCUUCACAAAGAGCCUGCUAAGUUUAGGGAGCCAACUCCGAUUCGAUUUAGGGAGAAUUCUAGGGAGAGCUCUGCAAUCAGCAUUGGUACUACAGGGCCACCAAUGGUGCAGCAACCUAGGGCUCCUGAUCAAUAUGAUGUUCAUCGGAUGGCGGCGAAUGGUAAUGGUGGUAUGGAUGUCAUGAGAGGGAAUUCGAAGCCUGUUUAUUGGAAAACAAAGCUAUGUACCAAGUUUGAAACAACAGGGCUCUGCCCUUUUGGGGACAAUUGCCAUUUUGCUCAUGGACAUGUAGAGUUGUUGCUGCCUCGUGGUCAUCCUGCUGAUGCUGAAACGGCGACAAUGAGCUCUGCUCCUCUUAAAUCUGUUUCUGCUCCUGUUAAUGAUCCAACUCCCGUAAAAAAUGAUAACGGAGUUCCCUCAGGCCAAGAAGGCCAGGGGAAGAAGUGCCUCUUGAAAUGGAACGGAACCAAGAAGAUUAAUCGCAUUUAUGGGGAUUGGAUCGAUGAUUUGCCCCUCUACUUGCCUAAUAGUAAAGUGGAAAGCUGAGUCUUUUUUGUUUAAGUUUUGCUAGAAUUUACAACUUGAAUGUCUAUAGGUAUUCAUCAAUAUCAUCAUUGAUAUUUUUUCAAUAGAAUUUUCUGCUUGUGUUUUCAUUUUUUCUAGUCGAGGGGGUAGGUUAUUAUUGUUUUAUUUUUCUCUUCAGUUUUUGGUUAUUUCUUAACCAAAGUUUUUGUAGGAGUUUUGGUUUGUGAAUUUUGACUUGCAAGUUGUAAUAUAUACAGGCAACUAUAGCUUAGUUCAGACGUCAGAGGUAUACUCAGCUCAUAAUAUAGGAAUUACAAUAAAUGAUUGCUCUUA